CUAUCAUUUACUAUGAUUCCGCAGGCGGUUGUGUGUUUCUACCGUUGCGGAUUGACCUCUUUCCAAGAAGUAACACAGUUUUUUUAACGCAGUUUUUAGUAGAGCAAGGGAAAAGUCCAUACAUCACAGAUGGUGUUGGUCUUUGUGCGAUGGCUAGUUAAACAUUUGGUUUAAUGAAUGGUGUUGGGGAGUGGAGUAAAGUUGAUCACUUACAUGUGUGAAUUUUGCUAUGCAAAACGUUAACAGCAGCCUGAUUACAUAGCUAAACUAGGUAGGCUAAGGAGGUAAAAUAUGACCUCGUUAAAUUUUUAGUAGAGCAAGGGAAAAGUCCAUACAUCACAGAUGAUAAUGGUCUUUGUGCGAUGGCUAGUUAAACCAACCCGUGUCCGACUGCACACGUGCAAUAUACCGCACAAGUCAUGCGCCACUUUUCCUCUCGCUCUUCCCUAUACCGCUAGUGUCGUAUGGUGGGAAACGGCGACAACUCGUUUUCUGUCAACACCAUUCUGGUAGGCAAAAUGUCAGGCAAACCAAACUUAAAAAAGAAAAACACUUUCGAUAGAAGAAAAAAUAGCCAUUUCGCUAAAAAAAAACUUGCUCGUGAUAAAGGAAAAGCAGAUGCUAGACGGAUAAAGCGAAAUCCAUUAAACCUUCAAUUUUUUUCCAGAUAUGGGGAUUUUAAAGAAGAAAAGAAUAAAAAACUUGCAAUAAAAGCUGUCAAUAAAGUUUCUAAAAUGAAAGGAUUAUUCAAUAAAAACCCUGUUGAGGAAAGUGAAACAGACCUUCCGCCUCACCAUGGAAAUGAAAUCGAACAACAACAUUCUUCUACACCUGCAAAUGAUAUUAUGUCCAAGGACAGCUGUGCCAGCAAAGUAUUGUUGUCCUGUUUGGCAAGCGAACCAAAGCUUGAGCCUCAAAGUGAAACUGAUGCUAGUUUGCUAACAAAACGAUUACUUACGGCCCUGUACCGGGAGCGAUUUUAUUCAAAACGUCUCGAUCUUUUUUUGAAAGCUAGGAGUAUGACGGAAGCGGAAGAUCUUCCGAAGUUACAAAAAUUGCUCGAAGAUGAAACCCCCCGAUAUUUAAGCCAUAAUGGAAAAGCGACAUGUCAUCUAUCCGAUCUCCAAUAAGAGCUUGAAGCUAUUCAUUUUGAAAUUUAUACUGUUCACGACGAAAUUAGCAGUGUCGCAAGUAUAAAAAUUUUAAAUUUAGUGGUAAAAAGCUCUUUGAUUGAUUUUUAAGCAGCUGCGUCAAAGUAAAGAACCAAACUGAGGAGACGCCAGACUAUUGAAAGCCAAAGCAAUAAUUAUCAUUAAUGAGAUUAAUGCAAUUUCAAAAUCUUUCAAAGUAACGGCAGAACAUUUUUCCGAAGGGAUUUUCCCGUGGGAUUCUGCACAUGACGGUAAAUGGUGUAUUUGGACCAUAAAAAUCAAGAGAACCCUAGUUUCUGUGAUUAUUGUUGAGUGACCUUUAAGGAGAACUUCAAAAUUAUAGAUUGCCAGAUUCUGAAAAAAAGAAACAAAGAACAAAUCCAUCAAUCAAAAACGGAAAUGAGGCAGUUCCUCCAGUCUCUUCAAAACAGCACGUUACUUGCUAAACAGAACGUGAACCACCAUUUGAAGGAAGAAGCAGAACUUAAUAUUUCGAAAUCCGGAAGACUAAUAUUUGUGGAAGUUAACAUGUUAUCUGGAUAUGACGAAGAAUUGUCAUACCUCCGACUGCGAAACCCCCAUUUUCUCUUAAUCUUUGCUUGAUGUUGAUGAAAGUGAUGACUACGACUCCGACACUGAUAGUGAAAAUGACGAUGCUGUGUAGGAUGUUGUGUAAUUUAUUUUUAAGCAGCUUGUGCCUUGUCUAAAUUACAUAAUAUGACUGUACAACUUGGAAUAUAUCAUACUGUACCUGCAUACAACUGUAUCAUCAAUUAUGAAUAUUAUACCGUGGACCGUGUUGAUAAAAUAAACAUGGAUUUUUAUUAUUUGUUUAUAUAAAGAAUGAGUUCUAUAGUAAACGAAGUCGAAACACUUACACUUACAUGAAAUUCGA